AUGGUUCAGCAAAGUAGGUGGAAAAAAAUCAGAAUGAAGCUGUUCAUCCUUGCUGCUGCCCUUAUUGUGGCCACUAGCGCUAACCUAUCCGCCUUCGAAAAAUGGACCAGUUUCAAGGCAACCCAUAACAAAUCUUACAACGUUAUUGAGGACAAACUUCGUUUCGCCGUUUUCCAAGAGAACCUCAAGAAAAUCGACGAACACAAUGCCAAAUACGAAUCUGGAGAAGAAACCUACUACUUGGCUGUCAACAAAUUUGCCGAUUGGUCCAGCGCUGAAUUCCAAGCUAUGUUAGACUCUCAAAUGGCUAACAAACCCAAACAAACCUUCAUUGGCAAACACGAAGUUGAUCCCAAUUUCCAAGCCGCCGAAGAAGUCGAUUGGAGACAAAACGCCGUUUUGGGAGUCAAAGAUCAAGGAAACUGUGGAUCAUGCUGGGCAUUCAGUACCACCGGAUCCCUCGAAGGUCAACUCGCUAUCCACAAAAAUCAACGUGUUCCUCUUAGUGAACAAGAAUUGGUAGACUGUGAUACAGUAAACGCUGGUUGUAACGGAGGUUUGAUGACAGAUGCCUUUAACUACGUUAAACGUCAUGGUCUCUCUUCCGAAACUCAAUACCAAUACACCGCCAGAGAUGGUAGCUGCAAGAAUGUACAGAACAAACAACUCUCUUCCAUCAGUGGUUACGUAGAACUUUCUGAAACUGAAAGUGCACUCGCUUCCGCUCUUGCUAGCGUAGGUCCAGUUUCCAUCGCUGUCGAUGCUGAUACAUGGCAAUUCUAUGGAGGUGGAGUUUUCAACAACAGAAAUUGUGGAACCUCCCUCAACCACGGUGUUCUUGCUGUUGGAUACACCAAGGAAGUAUUCAUCGUUAAGAACUCAUGGGGAACCAGCUGGGGUGAACAAGGUUACAUCAGAAUUAGCCGUGGUCACAACUUGUGUGGUCUUAACCUCAUGAACUCUUACCCCAAAUUGUAA